UUUGAAGGCCUGGUUACCUCAUCGCGAAAGCAUAGUUUUUUGGUUGACACGUAUUUUUUGUGUCGGAAACAAAUAUCUCAGAAAUAUAUCUCAACACUUCGUCUUCCUAGAAAACGAGACUUCUCUAGAGAUGCUUUGGUUUACAGGAAGCAUUCCAGAAGCCAUAAUAGCUUCGAAACAGCGAAAGCUUCCCUUCGUUGUUUACAUCGAAGGCUCUGAUGAAGUUUCCAUCGAAAUGGGUGAUGUCUGGUCAGAGUUACAGGUCAGCGAGUUGCUCUCACAGGACAAAUGUAUUGCAAUAAAGUUGGCUAAUGAGAGCGAGCAGUGUGCACAGUUUUCACAGCUAUAUCCUGUGGUGUGCAUACCGUCCCUUUUCAUUAUUGGAGAAAAUGGUAUGCCUCUUGAAGUGCUGGGAGGCAGACUGACCUCUAGGGAGAUCAUCAGCAAAGCAACAGCUGCCUUUGAGGUGUACCAUUCUCAGUCUUCAAGUGGUCCUGUUCAAGUGAAGAGUGAAGAUGGAAGCAGUGAGGGAUCCUCACAAUCAGCAGAACAUGCAAGAUCUCAAGUAAAGAGCGAACCUACAGCAGAGCAGUCAUCUCAACCAUCUAGGGCUGACCCUUCAUUAACCAAUGAAAGUGUUUCAAUCGAGGAAAGGGUUGAAAAGGCCAGACGACUCAUUGAACAAAAGAGAAAAGAAAAGGCUGAGAGGGAAAAACAGGAACAAAUAGAAAAAGAGGCAAAAAGGCGUGAAGAAGGCCAGCAACUGGUAAACGCUAAACGGCAAAUCGAGGAGAGAAAGCAGCAAGAACUUGUGAACCAGAUAAGAGAAGAUCGUGCGAAAGAGCGAGCAGCGCGUGAAGCCGUCAGACAGCAAAUAGCGCGAGACAAGGCCGAGAGGGAAGCCCAGAAACAGGCGGAGCUGAAGGAGAGACAGCAAGCCCAAGACACAUCUGCUUCUACGACUGCAGCGUCAACAUAUACAGGGGGAGGCAGCUACUCGAACGUGCGCCUGCAGUUCCGCCUUCCAGAUGGCAGCGGCAUCACCCACCUGUUCCCAGCUGACGCUCUUCUUUCGACUGCACACCAAUAUGUUGUUUCGCACACGGGAUCGAGACUGCCGUCUGUUGCCAUGUCAACAACCUACCCUCGACGUCAGUUCACUGAUGACGACAUGCAGCGAUCGCUCACGGACCUUGGACUGGCGCCGAGCGCUACCAUCAUCGUGUCAUCUGCCAAGGCAAGCUCGUCUGAGGUGGAUUCAGCCGGGUUAUUUGGAUGGCUUCUAGCGCCAUUUAUCGCCAUCUUCACCUUCAUCAGCGCUUUCCUAUUUGGCAGCCCUGCCAUGCAGCGUGGGUCGUACGGCGCUUCCAGUUCGCGGGAAAGAGAGGACAUCCCACCUGAGCAAUCCAAACCGGACAGAACCGAGGUGCGGCGACGUGCGACUAGCCCACGUGGCUCGAACCAGUCAUCGGACGGGAAUAUCCACCGCUUGCAGAACUUUCGAGACGAUGAGGAUGACCAAAACACAUGGAAUGGCAACUCGACUCAGCAGAUGUGACGAGAAAAUGGGAACAAUUGUACGAUAAAAUACUAUCUGAUGUUAAAUAAAGGAGGUCAAGAAAUGGGGGGGCUGUUCACUGAGAGUUACUUAGUUACUCUAUUCCAGUGUCGAGAGGAACUUGAAUUAAAAUUUAAAAAAAGUA